AUGGCAGACAGACAGGACAACGAGGUGGAGGAGGCUGAGCAGGUGUACCUGCUGAUGAAAGAGGAGUACAGGAUUUCACGCAACGUGCGUCUGUCCUGGUUUCUCGACCGGCUCAAUCAGGCCGUUCGGCCCAGUCCUCUGUCUGAGCUGCUGAAGUCAGAGAACGAGCUGGAUGUUUUGAGCGUCCUCCCGAAAGGAUGGCAGCCCGACUCUCCUUCCUCGUCCUGCCCGUGUCUGCUGGUUCCCUCCACACACGUCACCUUCCUGGCGCGCAGGUACCGCUUCAUCAUCGAGCUGGACCUGAGCCCGUCCACCGGGAUAGUGGAUGACAGCACAGGAGAGAUGAUCUUUGAUGAAGUCUUCCACGCUCUGUCUCGGUGCUUGAUUGGUCUGGCAAAACCCUUUAAAGUCCCAGGAACUGAUCACAUGUUCCAGCCAGAGAUCUUCAUCACUAUUCUGGCGUAUUCCUCCAUCAUUGGCCUUAGUUCUCAUCAGGUGUUGGUUCAGGGCUGUCAGCUGGACUGUAUGGAUUUGGAGCAGUUCUUGCUUCAGAUCUAUCAGCAGCUGAGAGCCGUGGAGAGCAGCAUCGCUGACGUCCUACAGCAGCAGCACAAUCAGGCAAGAGCAUCCUUCUCUAAUGAUGCAAUGGAGGAACUGUCUCAGAGGAAGCCGGGGGUUUCCAUGGUGACGGCUGAUGUUGGGCUGGUCAGUAUGGUGAGGCAGGGGAUUCUCGCUCUGCAACUCCUGCCUCCAAACUCUGGUGCUGGAAUAAUAAUCAUUACAGAUGGAGUGACGAGUGUUCCUGAUGUAGCUGUGUGUGAAACACUACUGAACCAGCUGAGAAGUGGAACCAUUGCCUGUUCGUUUGUCCAGGUGGGCGACGCUUACUCCUACGACUGUAGUUUUGGCUACAUCCCCAACGUGGAGCUGAUGAAGUUCAUCUCCAUGGCAACCUUUGGCUCCUACCUGUCCAUGUGUCCAGAGUCUGACUCUAGAGGCGAUGAGAUGAACGCUUACCACCGCGCUUUCCUCACAUACUCCUUCCUGAGGACCGGCGAGUCCAUGAACCCAGAGUACUACUGCUUCUCCCAGCACAGGCUCUUUAAUGAACACCUGGUGUCGGCCAGUGGAAACCCUGCCUUAGUGAUGCGCAGGAAGAAACACACGGAGAAGGAAGUGCACGCUGACUUGAUCAGUGUCCUGUCCAUCAGACUGCGAGAGGGAUACACCAUCCGAGAGAUCAACAUCACUAAAGGAGGAAGUCAGCUGGAGGUGAAGCUGGUCCUCCUCUGGAAGCAUAACAUGCGUGUCGAGUACCUUGCCGUGGCAUCCUGGCCCCUGAAUCCAGUCAAACGCACCACCUGGGUGGAGGUGACCAUAGAGGGCAGCUACGACAUCCUCCAUGACAUCAGCUGCACCAUGCGGAAACCAAUCACAAGCCCCUACCGGACGUCUGUCAUCCGCCGCUUCUGGAACACACUGCAGAGCAUAAAUCAGACAGACCAGAUGUUGGUGCACCUGCAGUCCUUUAAUUCAAUCCCAGAACACUACACCAUCCCCGAAAGCACGAAAAAUGGGGUUCCUCUGUUUUACAUCCCACCUGGAUCCACCACACCGGUCCUCUCCCUCCAGCACAGUGGCUCUAAAGACUCCAGCCAAUCACAGUUUGCCUCCUACUGGAAGCCCAUCCUGUCCAUGGACGCCAACUUCUGGCAGCGCUGGCUGCACAUGCAUCGCAUCGCUAUCCUUCUGGAGCAUGACGUCCCGGUCCCAAAGCACGUUCACAACGCUGGCAGUAACGGUCGCUUCGGUACCAUCCAGUGUCGCAUCUCUCACUCGGCGCUCACCUCGCUGCUCAGGGACUGGAGCAGUUUCGUCCUGGUGGAGGGAUACUCAUACGUCAAACUUAUUUACAGUGCCUCUGAGUUGCCGCCUGUCUCCUUCUAUCUGGUGCGUCUGAUCUCUAAAGCUCCCUGCAUGGUGCUGCGAUUGGGCUUCCCCAUAGGAACUCUGGCACAUACCAGGAACAAGAUUGUGGAUGAACUUCGAGAGCAGAUCCUUCGGCUGCGGUUCCCUCAUCGAGUUCAGAAUAAGGAGGCCACGCCAAAAACUAAACGGAAGAUUCUGGGUAACGCGUCGCCCUCCAAAUCCCCGCCUCUUCCUGCAGCCAAACCGGCGCUGUCUGACCGGCCGUGUGUGGUGGUGCUCAACAAACCCCUCGAAAAACUACUGAUCAGGUACGAGAAACUUCCGUCAGAUUUCCGCACCCCUUUCAUCUUAAACAUGGAGCCGUUCGCUCAGCCGCCCAUCAUGGGCGCCCCUCUCAGCAUGGCUGCCAGCAGGACGGCGUCCUCCACCAUGGCGUCUCUGUCCCGCUACUUCCUGCACCAGCGCUGGGUUUGGGCCGUGCAGAACGGCCCGGGAACCGCUGUAUCGCUGCACGCAGUCGCUCAUAUCCUCUCCAUGCUCUCCGAUAUUCGUCUGUCGGAAGGCUUCCACUUUGCCGCCAGCGGGGAGGGUAUCGUCAACAUGGUGGCAGAACUGCCAAUGCAGAGUCCGUCAGCUGAUUUAAACGGAGAAAAACACACCUGCAUAGUCCAGUACAUCCUUUUCCCGCCUCAUUCCACUUCUACUAAGGACAGUUUCUCCACAGAUGAUGACAAUGACACUGAGGUGGAGGCCAUAGAUGUGGACACAGAGCUGAGUUUGGUGACGGAGUGCUGGGUGGAGCCUCAGAGCGGAGCCGUCUGUAGCUCACUGGAGCAGCAGAGACACUUUCAUCAGCUCACCUACCAGGAGAUCCCUCAGGCUAUUUUUCCCCGUGAUCUGUCAUGCAUGACGACGAUGAUCACGUUUGAAUACCUCAUCCAGCUGUGUCAGAAUAAAGAGCAGGUGUGUCCUCUCAGAGAUGCUCCAGGCGAGCUCCCCGCCGCUGCUGCUGAUGACUGCAUACACACUGUGCCUUUCCAGUUCGACCUGAUGAAACUCUUGCCCAAGUGCCAGCAGAUCGAGCUCUUCUUCUACACCUUCAGCCGAGAGGGUCAAGCGGACGCCUCCCGUAGCGCCUCCUGUCUGCCCAACGAUCUCCUCCUCAGCCUCUUCCACGGCUCUCUGCAGAAUGAGCUCAGUGAUCGAGAGAUCCCAUUGACCGACGGCGAUCAUGUGGCGUUCAUGCAUCACAUCCUGGAGCGGGAAAGAGACGGUCAUGUGGCUCCAUUCUCACUUCCUGUCAUUAAAGAAGAGAGCUUGAAGACUCCGGAGAGGCAGGACACUGUUCUUUCUUUCCACACUAUAGGAAGCAGUAAAGAGGUGAUGGGCUCCUCCAGCACACUACAGAGCUUCAGUAAUGCAGAUCUUGUAGACGACGAGCCAGCUGGCGCGGAGCAGGACUGCUUAUCUCCUCACUGGAAAUGUUACGCCAAAUACAUCAGCCAUCAGCAGAUCCUGCUCACUUUCCUGCCAGCUACAUUUACAGAUGUGCAGCUUUUGAUGUCUUCUGGGCUGGAAACUGAACCUCCAAUCAAUAGCAGUCUCCUGGAAGAGAAGGAGACCUGUUGUCAGGGCAACGGCCAAUCACAGGCUGACUCCAUCAGCAGCUCUGCCAAUGGUCCACAGGUUGGAACAGGUCAACAUGGAGGAGACAGGAAGGGGUCCACGGUGGAACCAGAAGCAGCACUGGAGACAUCUGCAGGACAGAGCAGCAUGAACGCAAGUGAUGCUGAUGUGCAGCUUUUGAUGUCUUCUGGGCUGGAAACUGAACCUCCAAUCAAUAGCAGUCUCCUGGAAGAGAAGGAGACCUGUUGUCAGGGCAACGGCCAAUCACAGGCUGACUCCAUCAGCAGCUCUGCCAAUGGUCCACAGGUUGGAACAGGUCAACAUGGAGGAGACAGGAAGGGGUCCACGGUGGAACCAGAAGCAGCACUGGAGACAUCUGCAGGACAGAGCAGCAUGAACGCAAGUGAUGCUGCUUCAGAGGAGAAGGACGGCGUUCAGUUUCUGGAGCCGCAGAAGCGAGACUGUCACAUCACGUUUGGCAGACAGACGUCUCAGCAGAGCAGUGCUGACGCAGCACGACCCCGCUGCCCCAUCUACAUCUACAACUGCUCACUGGACUCCCUCAAAGAGCAGCUGGUCCACCCGUUCUCAGGACGCCAGCCCAGAGACGUCUUCUUCAGAGCUCAAGAGACAGACUCCUGGGAGUUCAGUCAGCAGCCCAAAUACAGGUCAAUCUCUCAGGAGCGCAGCAGCGCCUCCUCCUGGACGGAGCUCAUGACGCACCCUCACAAACACAAAGAACUGGCCAACUACUGCAGCCUGCUUCAGGAGCACUACUACCAGAGCUAUGUCAAAGGUGUUUAUCGCAGUCUGCAGCAGUCGCACAACGUGAGCUCGCAGGACCUACUGACGGCUAUGGACUACUGCGAGGAGUCGCUGCAGGAGAUUGACAUCACUUCCUUCCUGCAGACACUCUGCGGACACGUGCGUGUGUUUCGUGAGCGUCAUGAGCUUCACGGCUCUGUCAACGUAAGCAAGUCCAGGAACGCUCCCACCACCUUCAUCAUCGGAGAGGAAGAGGAUGAUGGAGCUGACAGAGCCACGCUGGUGUCUUCAUCCAGUAUUGAGCUGGAGGAUGUGAGUGAAGGUGAGUCCAGAGGGAAAGUCUCUGCUCCCACAUCCCCGCUGGACCUGGACGAACCGAAGUCUCCAAAAAUCCCAGAAUUCCCUCUGUCUCUCCUCCAGUCCCAGCAGAAAUGUGAAGUGUAUCCUGAUUUACACAAAAUCAUACAGGAUAAGUUCAUGGAAAUUGGUGCUCAGUAUUUCAAGACGGUACCGUCCAAUCCACAUUAUUUCUUUUACUGCCUUCCAUCUUCCAAAAAAGAGGAGGAUUCAGACAGAGAGGGAGAGCGGAGAGCCAGCGAGGACUGUGAGGUGUCUGAAGCUGAACUCGCCACAGAAGACGAGAACGUGUCGGGCUGCUGCAUCGUGACGGAGAGUGACACGGAUCUGGAGGUGGAGUAUCAGGAUUGUGGGAAUGGCAGAGCGGAGGCUGGAGGACAGGGAGCAGGUGAAGGCGAGUCUCCGUCGGACUCCAACACGGUGAACCAGGACGAGGACUCCUUCAGUAUUCUGGACGGAGACUCUCUGCUGGGGGUGGAGGGUCCGCAGCCGGAGAUGCCGCCUCUGUUCGUGCACCUCACCUGCUCCGUCAACAUGAAGAGCUGCCAUGGCUCCAUGCCCACGCAAACACUGCCAACCUGUCUGGGUGAGACACUGAACACACCACUGACUACAGCUGUUUUUGACGUGACAUGUCUUGAUAUCUUCGUGCUCACGUUACCUCUGGAGAUCGAGGUCAUGACUCCUGACUUCCACCACAACAGUUAUGUCACUCUUGAUAUCUUCGUGCUCACGUUACCUCUGGACAUCGAGGUCAUGGCUCCUGACUUCCACCACAACAGAUACACGUCUGAGAGCAGCGUGUCUCUGAACCGCUCUCCUGGACAGCCCUCGUCCUAUCGCUCUGACGAGGAGCUCAUGGCUAAUCUGGACGGCCUGCGCGGGGUCGGUGUGGAAAGUAUGUCUGGAGAUCCCCUGUCCAAACUUCCUAUUCUGCACAAAAUGGCUGUUUUAGCCACCAUGGAUGAGAUCCGUUGGCUGUUGGAGGAUGAGAUAGUCUCUGCUCUGCGGCACUCGUCUGUUAUCAGCUCCUUCACGCUGCAGAAAGUGUCGGAGCACGUGUGUCGCUCCAGCGGCCGCCCGCAGUGCCACUGUGAGCUCGUUCCCCUGCAGUUCGUAUUUGGUCCCGAGCAGUCGCUGGAAAAGUUUCAAGAGGAGUUCAAGAGGUUAUCGCUUCCUGGUUACCUGCUGAACGCCGAGCAGCACAACUUCCACUACGUCUCACUGAGUCGCCAGCAGUCUCACAGGCUUCAGGCCACGACACAGCUGUCUAACAUCGCUGCUCAGUACUCAACGGCUGCAGGAACAGUGUCUCGGCAGAGCAGCCUGUGUCCUGAGGUGGAGGACGGAGCCAGAGCAUCAGCAAACAGAGAAGCAGAGUCCAAGAAAAAAGAGCCCGACACUGAGCUGGUGGAGUGUGGAGAAGCGCAGAGGGCUGAUGAGGACACGCGGCCUGCAGCAGCUGAUUCAGCCAGCGAGUCUCUCUCCGAGACCUCUGACCCCGGGCAGCUCAAACAGGCCGACGCGGAGGAGACUCGACCUCAGAGUGACGCUCACCUGCAGGCGGGCAGCAGCAGCACCGAGCGCUCAUCUGAUCACACGUCGCCUCCCAAAACCCCCUCCGCCGCCAGCCUGGCCGAAUCCGUGCAGUCCACCACACACAGCAGUGGGAAACUGCGGCCCAGUCGAGUUCAGAGCGUCGUCUCCAGUCAGGGCAGCCUGGACUCAGACAUGCUGGGUUAUGAUGGAGGCAGCAGUGAUUCUGAGUGCGACGGACCCACAAUGAAUGAGCAGGAGAGACAGACGCCGCUCAUGCCUGAUUUCUGGCUCAUCAUCAGAAUUCAUCAGGACAGAGUGGAGGUUUUCUCUCAUGCCAGGAGUUUUAACAGAGAGGAAGAGGAGGAGAUCCCAGAGUACCUGCGUCUUCAUCAGCUGGUGGUGAGGAGGAUUGGAGAAAUGUGCCGAAUAGUCAACCAGCGCCUCCUACUGCAGGACUUGCAUGACAGUCGCGUGUGCCACUCUCUCUUAGUGGCUGAGAGCGAAGAGGACAUCUGGAAGCACGAGUCGCUCUACAGGCCCAGGAUGACCAACUCAGACGACUACAAUCCAGACGAGAGCUAUCAGCCGCGGGACUACCUUGCCGCCACCAUGCAGUUCAUCCCGGGUUACUUCGCCUGUGACGUGGUCUGGAGCACCGUUAUUUACAUUCACCCGCGCCUAAAAAUGGGGCCCAACAUGGGCGUGUCCCGGGCUAUCCAGGCUCUGCGCUCCGUUCUAAACGCUUUCUGUGUGGUAAACCGCAAAAACAUGUUUGUUUAUCAGGAGCGCACCACCAAAUCUGUGUUCUACCUCCGACUCUCCGAGACGUCUCAGGCAGGGAAGUACAGUGAUUUGGAUGGAAACGUGCACGUGUCGCGCUCUGUCGGUCUGGCUCGCAGCCAGGAGCCGCUGGGCUCUGAGGACCUCACGGCAUCACGCUCUUCUCUGGAAGGCUCAAGGCCGGUUGGACUGGUGGACAAACACAUUUUGCUGCAGGUGCAUGGCGUAGGGACCGCAGGUCCAGAGAUCUCUGAUGAACUGGUGAAGGUUUUGAGGAAGCGUCUGGACGAGGCCACGCUGGACAUUAUUACGGUCAUGCUGGUCAGAAACUGCAAACUGACGCCUGCAGAUGUGGAGUUCAUUCAGCCUCCCAGCUCUCCGGCGACAGAGGUGAUGGUGUUCUGUCUGCCGCAGUACUGUGUGCCGUGGAUCCAGGCGGUGGCUCACUACCUCCGUCAGAACCUCCUCAUCUUCCUCCACAUCCCCAAAUACACUGACAGCAACAUGGAGCACCACUUUAAGCAUUACUUCCAUUUGAGCAGCGAGCUGCCCGAUCAUGACAUCUACCUGUACAAUAAACCUGGAGGCCAGGGCACAGGAGGCAAAGGUAUCGCCUGCAUCGCGCUGUCGUUCGUGGAUGCUAAAGGCUGCGCGCUGCAGGUUCCCGCUCAGGAUGGCAGCGGCCCGGCUCUCAGAGGAGACGUCUCCAGCAUCUCCCUCCAGCCGGACCAGUUCGAGGCCUUGACGACUGUCGUCAGCCAGAGCUCAGGUGCAGCCGUGUGUGUGCGCUUCGACGUGUGGGAGCAGGGUAACAUCAGCCCGCUGCAGCUGACCGACCGGCUCCGGGUGGCUCUACGCCAUGCCCUCUGCGACAUCCUUAUGGAGAUGCGCGUGCUGCCAAACCCGUUGUGUCUGGACACCUUCUGCCUUCCUGCAGCCGCCCAGCGGGACGAGAGCACAGUUGCCUUGAGUCUCCUGCAGUCUGACAGUAAGGAGGUGAAGGAGAGCGUUCGGCGGCCCAGUGGAGCUCAUGGGCUCAAGAGCAGCCCGUCUCCCAUCAGCCUGAGUUCUGUGCCCAGCUCCACCCCGACCACUGGAACCAGCACGCCCGAGUCCACCACACCCACCGGCAAAACCACGCGCCGCAGCUUCUGGGAAAUGCUGAGUAAACCAGAGACCUCUGAGCUUGGCAGUCCAAAGACGACGGAUGACAUUGUACAGGAGCGUGUCGAGGACAGUCGCGUGAGCCGGCGGAGACACAAGACGGAGAGCGUCAAACAGCAGUGGAACCAUGAGAAAGCCAUGGCAGUCGAGCAAGAGCAGGCCCAGAGGAGACAUGCAGUCCAGCUGGAGGAAGGUUGUCCUUCCAUCCAGCACUGUUCAGCUGAAGCCUCGCAUCAUUUCCUCAUGCCCUCCAUCCUCACAGAGACGGUCAAUCUGGUCGGCUCACUGGCCGGUGACACGGCAGUCAAAGUGUUUGAAAGAACCAGCUGUCCUCAGGGAGACAUCUAUGUCCCCCUGUCAAUCAUCCAGCACAUCAGCCAACCACCUGGCACCACCAGGAGCUUCAUUCUCAUUGGUCGCAACUUCAGCCAAUGGCACUGCAGUACAGAACAAGACAGUUCAGAUGAAGAGAACAGUCCUGUACUAAAUAGGUUCACACCUCAUAAGGGCCUGCAGCGGUUCGAGGGUUUGGAGCACAGUGAUUGGCUGAGCCCGGGGCAGGCCGUGAGGGGCAUGGCUCCACGCCAGCGCUUCCUGUACAUACAGAUUGUCAAUAAGAAGGUGACUCUGUACAUGUAUAACUGGUCGGUGGAUCUGGGCGUCUCUCUGAAUCAGGGUCUGGUCAGACUGGUGCAGUGGCAGAACGCCCGCGCUCAUGUGGUCAGCUGCCUCCUGAGUCAGAAAAUGGGCCUUUUCCAUCAUUACUGCUUCUCUGAUACACCUACACAUGAGGACCUGAAACAGGAGCCCAACCCGUUCCUGAGCUCCACGAUCGAGGCGGACGCUCUGUUGAGGAGUCCGGCUCCUCCGGCCGCGAGUAAGGAUCAGGGUCGGAUGGGCAGCUCUGCUCGUGCUCUUCCUCCUCUGGCCUUCCCCGGAGAACUCGUGCCCUUUGAUGAAGCUCUGAGAGACGUGAACACAGUGAGGCCCCUGACCAGUCAGGACGGACCCGAUAUAGUCGCUCGCCAUGGAGCCCAGCUACUGGAGGUCAAAGCCGCUGAGCGCAGAGAGCUGGAGAGACAGAUGAAGAUUGAGAAUCUGUUUGUGACGUGGCAGCAGCGCUCGGCUCAGUCCAACAUGCCCAUCUCUGUGGCGGAUCUGGACACACUGAAGCAGUCGUCUCGGCUGGUCCAUUACUGCGCCACUCCGCUGCUCUUUGACCCCGUCUUCCGGAAACAGGUUCAAGAGGAACAGCUGCCUCAGCCACAGAUGAAGAAGCGGCAUCGCUCCAGUGACUCUACAGCGUCCGGCCGCGAUCGCAGCUACAGCAUGGAUUCUGCAGACAUGCUGCCGAGUCGUCUGAAGGAGGAGCCGUGGCUGCAGGAGAUCUCCAGCAUGUUCCUGCAGCAGUAUGUGCAGUAUCUGCAGAGCAUGGGCUUCAUCCUGGUGCAGGUCCGGCCGCAGUCGCCCGCUCGCAGCAUCGCUCGAGCCCGAGCCGCCAUGUUGAGUUCUUUAUCCACCGAAGGCAGAUCUUCCUUCUCCUCUUUCUCAUAUAAUAAGCAGAAGAGUGAAGACAGCCCCAAGAGCAAUGCAUCGAGCUCGGCGUCGUAUCACCUGCAGAGGGCGCUGCCGGGAGGAAUCGUGCUGAUGGAGCUGGCUUUUCAAGGCUGUUAUUUCUGCGUGAAGCAGUUUGCAUUAGAGUGCUCAAGGAUUCCCAUGGGUCAGACGGUUAAUUCUCAGCUGUCCAUGCUGUUCACCGAGGAGUGCGAUAAGGUGCGGGAUCUGAUGCACGUUCACUCCUUCAGCUACGACUUCCACCUGCGUGUGGUGCAUCAGUACCUCGUGGGCUGUCACAUGACCCUGCGGCAGGGGUACCAGCUCACGGCCUUUCUGGAGGACUUCAUCGCCCAUCACCCCGACAUACCAAAGUUUGGACGCAACCAUGUCUUCCAGGGGAGUUUCUCCAUAUCGACGGGGAUGAUCACAGCGCAUCAGCUGUAUAAUUACAUCACUGAUCACGCAGGCACUUACGGGAUGAAGCCCCUGCGCAUGUCUAAAGCUGCAGUUACCACCGAUAACAAGAAGGGGGCGCCGAGUGCAGAUCUGCACGAGUACGUGCUGGUCGCUCUGUGGAACAGCUCUGGCUCGUUUAAGGAUCUGGAGGGAUUGCGACACCAUGAUGACUUUGACGUGUCGCUACUGGUUUGUCAUAACGCCACCCCGUUUGAGGAGCAGUCAGAGGGAGAGAGACACCUGCUCAGGCUGCGUUUCUAUGUGAUCAUGACCAGUCAGAGGGAGCUGUUCCCACGUUUGACUGCAGACAUGCGGCGCUUCAAGAAGCUUCCCCAGAUCCACCGUGACCCCAGUGACCUGAGCGACCGCGUCCCUGCGGAGCGGAUGGAGGCCGGCGGGGAAUCUGAACUGGACCUGUGGGAGGACACCACCGCCCCCGUCACCCCUGCAGCCAGCCCUGAGUCUGACCCCAUGGAGAGCCUCCUGCACGCAGACGCAGACACAGACGACUCCCAGGGGCUCUUCUACCUGUGUCCUCUCUUCCCCCUGCUCAGUUCGGAGGUGCUGUCUGCUCGCCGGCAGAUUCAGAGCAGCGUGGAGCAGGCCAUGGGCCACUGCCGCAGGGAUAACCUCUGGAGGAGGCUCUUUCAUGGAGAGUACUUGGCUCUGGAUAAACUCAAACUCAGCAAGCUGACCUUCGGUGAACUGGAAGAGCUGCUGGAUGCUGUGCAGAGCAGAUCGGUUUCUGAGAUUGACCCGCAGCUGGACUGUUUCCUGAAUAUGAGUCCUGCCUGGUACCAGAGUCUCAUCAAAGUCCUGCUGUCCCGCUUCCCACAGAACUGCAGGCACUUUAAAGACGACGGCGGCGGCAUACAGUAUCUGGCCGUCCUGAACCAGAAGUUCACAGACUGUUUUGUGCUCGUUUUCCUGGACACACAGGCAGGAAAAACGAGUCUGAAGGUGGUUUUCAGGGAGCCGUUGCCUGCGCAGACGCAGUCGAGCAGCAGUCCUCCACCGCAGCUGGUCUCCAUGUACCACCAUCUGGAGUCGGUCAUCAACACCGCCUGCUACAACCUCUGGACGGGCCUGCUGUGAACCUGUGUUUCUGCCAGCGGUGCAUCAGACGGAGUCAAGAGUCUGAAGUCGGUUUGUGCAAAGAUUGAGCUUUGAGCCGCCCGUCGCUCGCAGACUGAGACUGAAUGCGUCUCGUGUGUGUAAUGCGUGCUGCGUCAGCCAGGUUGCAUCCAUUUAAGCAAUUGAAUUGCCAACAUUUUGCACAGGAAACCGGCUAAAUGCGCCGCCCUGUUGAUUGAAGGGCAAUUAUCCAGGAGGGUGUAUUUAUUGCGUGUGAAACUCCGCUGGUUUGCCAAAGCCAUACUGUCCUUCUGUAGUCUAGUGUUCAUUUGUUCUGUGUUUUCUCCAUCUCCUCUCAGUUGCUGAUGUCGUUUCUGUAGCCUAUGUGCAUUUUUUUUUUUUUUGACCAACAUGAUUGUCUUUACUGCCGUUUUUUCAUCCCGAAAGUGCCUUUAUUUUAUUUUCAUAUGAACUUGAUGGGAGCUAGCUAGUGUAUUAUGUUCACCUUUCAAGAUGAAUCUCUUAAAGGGACAGUUCACCCAAAAAUGAAAUUCUGUCAUAAGUUAC